UGUUCCAACAAGACACAGAACAGCGGCAGCUGCGAGCAUCGUCUCCCUGCUUGCCGGGGGCCUGCUGACUUCACAGCAAGCUUGGCUCCUGUUUAGAGCAUCUCACUGGAUUUCUUGUCCAGCAGACGACUAUUUUGUUUGUUUUUCUUUAAGGUUUGCAUCAUAUGCUUGGAGAUUUGGGACAGGAAAUGGGCCUGAUGUGUGCUGAGGAGAAAUUGCAGUGAACAGGUGAUAGCAGCAUGUUGGCAAGCGGCUACAUUGGUCCAUAUUAUAAAAGGAUUUUGGACAUUCUAUGGGAACCCUGUUGAUCCGAAAAGAAAGACUUAUAAAACAAAGGUGUAUGAAGAACAGCUAAUAGUCGUGGCCACUCCGUCCUGAAAGGCAUUAUUUCCUAUGCUUUUCCUAACCCUUCUAGGAAGGCCACAGUCGUCUACUUCAGUGAAUUAUUCAAAGCCUUUGGGAUUUAUACUCCUUCGUGGUGAAUUUUAAAGAUUUUCCUUACAUCAAACAGUUCUAAAACUGACGAAUUCUGAAGGUUGUCGUUUUAUUUUUUAUUCAUAAACUGAUUUUCCAUAAUUUUGCAAACAACUAAAUAUUCAACGGUACGGUAGCUUAUCCGUGAACAUCCGACGAACGAAAUGAAAGCAGCGGUCAUUCGGUACAGUGCCUGCCGCGCACUUUUCGUCACCACUCACGGACGGAGCACCGCAGCUUGAAGAGAGCUCUAAUGGAAAACAAAGAUAUCCAGCUGAGAUAUUAGAUAUAAAUACAUUUAGCAACUGCCCAUUUUUGUGGAACGUGCACGCGAGGAUAAGAAAGGGCGCCUCGGUCAGCCUGCUCCCAAUCGGUAAUUCACUUGAGGCUCCAGUUUUGUGUUUCGAGCUGCCAGCCCAGCGCACUACAGUGCAGCGCCGAGCACUGCAGCCAUAGAAACGCAUGCGAGUGGCAGCUACAGCCGAGCGCGGGCACUUGGAGAGACGGCGUGUGCGCAGUGACAAGCCGUCACCUGAACGACACCUUCGGCACACUCAGCAUGUCUUCCCACGCCAAGCUCAAGCGGGAGAAAGCCAUCCUGGCGGAGUACGAGACGCAGGUUAAAGAAUUGCGUACUCAGCUGGCCGAACAACUAAAAUGCUUGGACCAGCAGGUGGAGAUCCGCAUACAGCUAAUGCAAGAUCUCUCUGAAUUCUUUCGUCGUAAGUCUGAAAUUGAGUUGGAAUAUUCCCGCAGUUUGGAGAAGUUGUCUGAGAGGUUCUCCUCCAGGAUCCGUAAUUCCAAAGACCAUCAGAAUUUCAGGAAGGAACAAAAUCUUUUGUCCCCUGUUAACUGCUGGUAUGUGAUACUAAAUCAGACACGACAGGAAAGUAAAGAGCAUGCUGCACUGAGUGAAGUCUACACCAACAACAUGACUGUCCGACUGUCCCACAUCACAGAAGAUAUUUCUCGACUCUCAAAAAAGAGCAAAGAUGUUGGUCUAAUAUUGCAAGAUGAAUUGCUGAAGGUUACCAGUGAACUACAGACAGCUAUGAGAACCUAUCACUUGUAUCACACUGACAGUGUUAGUUCUGAGAGUAAGCUAAAGGAAGCAGAAAAACUAGAAGAGCGGCACAUGGGAAAAUCAGGUGAUGCAGGACAAAGCCAACCAGGAACUGAUAGCAAGCAACAGCGCCGUAGCUCUAUGAAAAAGAUGGAGCGACUGAAGGAAAAGAGGCAAGCCAAAUUCCAGGAAAAUAAGCUUAAAUGCACAAAGGCCCGAAAUGACUACCUCCUCAACCUGGCAGCAGCCAAUGCUGCAAUGAACAAAUAUUACCUGAAGGAUCUUUCCACUCUAAUAAAUUGUUGUGACCUUGGCUUUCACCUUUCACUGGGAAAAACCUUGAAAACUUAUUUAUCGGCUGAGAAUCGAGUGCAGAAGUCACGUCAUGAUAGCCUUAUGGUCUUAGAGACUGCAGUGGAACACCUAGAUCCUGAUAGUGACCAGAAGAAGAUCAUGGAGAUGAAUAAUAGUGCGUUUUGCCUGCCUUUCCAUUUUGAGUACCAGCCACAUGAAGGAGAUGAGGUGUGUGAAGUAAAUGUGGAAGCUCAGGUUCGAAAUGAGAUGGUCACCCGAUUUCAGCAGCUCCAGUCUAGACUCUCUAGUGUCACCAUAGAAACUGAAGAGGUUAAUAAGACCCUCAAAGCAACAAUGAAUGCACUUUUGGAGUCAAUUACCAGUGAAGAAUAUAGUACACCUGACAUCUGUCAGACCAGCCAAUCGACUGAGCUGCUAAAGAUGACUGGUUCUGAACCACCAGGCAGUAAACCCAGCCUAGCAAAGAGAAGAGCUACACAGCAAGAGACAGAGACAUACUACUUUGCAAAAGUGAAAGAGUUUCUGACUGGUAGUAGUCUCAUUUCAAAGCUCCAAGCCAAACAUGAUCUUCUAAAGGAAUCCAUUGAUAAAGCUGAGUCCACAGACAAUGAUUCCUCUAGGCUGCAGCAAUAUUCCACUAAGUCCCUGCGUGUGAGAAAGACGAGGCCCUGCUCCCAGUAUCACCACAAACUGUUUACUGGAGACCUGGAGAAGUUCGUGGAGAGUUCAGGCCAGCAGAUCCCCCUUGUGGUGGAAAGCUGUAUUCGCUUUAUAAAUUUGCAUGGUUUGCAUCAUGAAGGUAUUUUUCGGGUUCCUGGUUCCCAGACAGAGGUCAAUGAAAUACGCAAUGCAUUUGAUCAUGGUGAAGACCCUCUCACAGACAGUCAGAUUAACCAUGAUAUUGAUUCAGUGGCUGGUGUGCUUAAGUUGUACUUUCGAGGUCUGGAGAAACCACUCUUCCCAAUGGAAACAUUUCAAGAAUUAAUCGAUUGUGUCCAGAUUGAGAAGUUGGAGCGUCCUAGUCAUCUACAGAAGAUUGUAGCAGUGCUCCCACAGACUGUGUUGGUGGUUAUGAGAUAUCUGUUUGCUUUCUUGAACCACUUGUCUCAGUACAGUGAUGAGAACAUGAUGGAUCCAUAUAAUCUAGCUGUGUGCUUUGGUCCUACACUUGUGUCAGUGCCAGUUGAGCAGGAUCCCGUAUCAGUCCAAGCACAUGUGAAUGAGGUGGUGAAAACUAUAAUAAUUUACCAUGAAAAGAUUUUUCCGGGAGCAAAAGAGCUGGCGGGUCCUGUGUACGAAAAAUGUAUGACUGGCGAGGAGGAUUACAGUGAUAGUAUUUUGCCAGAACCAAUCGCUGAAGAAGCUGACGCAGAGAUGGAGGGCUUUGCUGAACCCCAUGCUAGCGAGGAUGAAAUGGACAAUCCUGAAGUGGUGGCCCAGUUUGAUUAUACAGGCCGUUCCCCACAGGAACUCACCUUUAAGAAAGGAGAUGUUCUAAUUCUCCACAGCAAGGCUUCAGCUGACUGGUGGCGUGGGGAACUGGGAGGGUGCAAGGGUCUUAUUCCUCAUAAAUACAUCAGUGUGCCAGAAGCGAUAGCAAAAAAGAUAGAGCUGCAGAACAAGAAAGAAGAGAGUAAAGCAGCCAGCAUUGGGAAUCUUCCAGAGGAAGUGGGGACAGAAACAGGGGGCAGAAUGCGAGUCAACUCAGACAGUGCCUCUCUUCCCCGAACCCGUAGUGGUAGUAGCCCCUCCAGGAAGCUGACUUCGCCAUUUAUAGAGAGUAAUCGACUGCUUAUUCCUGUAACCCAUCCUAUACAAGGAAAGUUCCUGCUGCCACGAAGUCAAGUAGACAUCUCAGACAAAGGCCAUGAGAGAAGAAGUGCUGCUGACAAUGCUGCAGGUGGUUUUGGAGCAUCACUUGGGAAACAUGUCAUCUCUGCAGACCGUAAUAUGCAGGAUACUAGCAUAGCAGUGGACAAGGAGGUUACUAAACAAAUGAACUGUGUGUUCAAGGAGCUGCUGUCUCUGAAGCAAGGGAAACCAGAAGAGGUGGCAGAGAGUACACCCACAAAAAUAUCAGGAAGCAGCACAGGUUCUGAUGCCAAGCAAAGUUCCACUCCAAAGAAGCCAUUUGGCCUGAGAGGGAGGGCUCUGUUUAAAAGUGGGACAGGUCCAAAUCCCAGUGGAGAGCAGCAGGAUUAGAGGGGGAGAAAAAUCUCUUAUAGCCCCUUGUAAAGGAGUGACUUCUGACUGGUGAUUUUAUACAAAAGAAAUAAAACCACAGGUAGAGGGGCUAGGAAAAAGCAAAGUGACAGAGAAAGACAGAUCCGACCAGGAUGAUCUAUUUGUUAAUCCUGUUUGAUGUGAAAGAUGCUGGUUCACACUGUGGCUCUUUUAUUCCAGUGUCCAAAUGGCUACUUUGCACUGUGUUAUUAUGACUGUGUUAAUUCAUUUGGCAUCAAAUAUUCUUUCCUCUUCACUUUGUUGUACAAAUUGUUUUUUUAUAGUUUAGUUUGGAUUUAUUCAUCUUCAUUUAUAUUUUUAAUUCUUUGAAUUAAGUCGCAAUCAUGCCACAGUAAGCAAGUUAACCAAUUAGGUUUUUCUAAUCACAAUGGAUAUUUUGUGCUAAACUGGCUUCAGCAUCUCUGCAUCCACAUGCUGUAGUCAUGCCCUGUCUGUAAACUGCCUCUUGGCCUGCUUGUUUUGUGUUUUUUCCAAAGCCAUCAUUAUUGCAGUUGCCUUGCAUUCCCUGUGUUGGCAGGUCUGUCUUUAGUUGUGUGCUGUACAGGUAACCAUUUCAUGAUCUAUUGGCGUUGUGCUUUUAUAACCUGCACCUGUCCUUUGCUGCAGAAAUGAGAAAUGAGAAUCCAAUAUUGGAAUUUAUUUUUUUCUCCCUGCAUUCUUUAUUAGUAGGAUGUACUGCUAAACAAACAUUCUAAAACUCUUGCAUCAAGUCCCUUGCCAGCACGGCACAGACGGACGCUCUGUUUCCCCAUCUGCUAAACUGUGACUCUCAAGCCUAGGCAGGCAUGAAAAUGCUAACCUUACAAUUACAGUAUGCUUUAUGUAUCUUUUACAGCAGUCUGCUCCAUCAUAAGGCUCCAGUAAUUUUUUGUUUACUCCAAUGUCUUAUUCAAAGGAGGUGCAGCUUAUAAAGCAGGCAGACUAACUUUUGUUAAGUGAUCUUUAUGAAAGCAAACAAACUGAAUCAGUGACAUACAAUGGGAAGCUCUAGUUUAUUCACAUAUACUUUUGACACUUGUUGUUCAAUUAUUUUAAGCUUGAGUCCUAUGUGUUAGUGUCUUCAAAAUUUUGACAAGAAAACUCCAAGAAAAAUUCCAGAUUGUAUGCUUCAUGUUUCCUAUAAAUAGUAAAGACAGUAUGUUUUUGAA